UCUUUAAUUUAUGCAUAUAAAAUUCUUUAAAUUCUUAGCCAAAACCCAUUCAAAGGUAGUCCUUUGAGCAAGAGGAAGAGACCGAUAACUAGUAAUUUUCAUGUGAGUUUCAGGCAAAUUAAAGAAGAUGGAGACAUGGAAAUGUUUUUUGUUGAUGACGAUGAUGAUGAUCGGCAGAGGAGAGGGACAACUAGUUGAGAAUUUCUACAGCUUUUCUUGUCCGAACGUGGAGGCUAUAGUGAAGCUAGCAGUAUCGGCCAAGUUCAGCCAGACUUUCACCACAAUUCCGGGAACUCUCCGUCUGUUUUUUCAUGAUUGUUUUGUUACGGGCUGUGAUGCGUCAGUUAUGAUCUCAUCGCCAAAUGGAGAUGCAGAAAAAGACGCCGAUGAUAAUGUGUCUCUGGCAGGAGAUGGUUUCGACACCAUUGUCAAAGCGAAGCAAGCAGUUGAAGCACAAUGUCCCCAAGUUGUUUCUUGCGCUGACAUUAUGGCUCUUGCUGCCAGAGAUGUUGUAGUCUUGGCCGGAGGUCCUUCAUUUCCAGUAGAAUUGGGGCGUCGCGACAGCUUAACUUCUCAAGCAUCAACGGUGGCAAAAAAUUUACCAGAUCCAGACUCAACUCUUUCUCAACUAAACACAAUUUUUGCUAAAAAUAACCUUACACAAAUCGACAUGAUCGCACUUUCAGGAGCUCAUACAUUAGGUUUCUCGCACUGCAAUCGCUUCGCAAAUCGCCUUUACUCGUUCUCUCCGACAUCCGCGGUUGAUCCUGCGCUUGAUCCGGACUAUGCACAGCAACUGAUGGCUUCUUGCCCUAAAAAUGUCGACCCGGAAAUUGCUAUAGAUAUGGACCCCGUAACACCGAGAAAAUUUGAUAAUGUGUACUAUCAGAAUUUAGUUGCUGGCAAGGGUUUGUUUACGUCGGAUGAUGUGUUAUUUACUGAUCCGUCUUCGAAAUCGACAGUCAUUGAUUUUGCGAAUGGGGAAGGAGUUUUUAAUGCGGCUUUUACGACCGCGAUGAGAAAGCUUGGUAGAGUGGGAGUUAAGACCGGUGAACAAGGAAAAAUAAGAACAGAUUGUAUGAUUCUUUGAUUAAUUUGUUUUUAUCAAUUUUUAUGGUUGCGGUCGGUUCAUUUUAUUUGCGACAUGAGAAUAAAUGUUUAAUAUUUGUUGCUUGAAAGUGUAAUUGAAGUAAUAAUAAAGCCUGAAUUGUUUUCUAAA